AACAAGCACCGUCAACUGUUCCGUCAUGACACGGUGAAACGUCAAAACUUAUUUUUUAUUUCAGCUUUGAAAUAAGGAGGUAAGUAACGUUUUAUUGUAAAACGUUUUGGUGGGUAGAUGAAAUAUUGGAGCGAGCAGCGCAGCGUCGUAUUUCGAAAACAUUAACAAGAUCACCUACAAAAACAUCACCUUAUACGGUAAACUUAAUUCAAUAGGAAUAAUAAAAAAUGGAUUAUCCACAGUGGACAAUUGUAAGAGCUGUUUUCUUACUUGCGAAGAAGAUAUUAAAACCUGUGGGGUACAUUAUGACAAACAGUGGUGCAGACACGAGUACAGUGUUGUUUUACGGAGAUGUGAACAAGGAAGUGGCCAAGGAAGCUAGCUUAAAAAACUUACGCUUUAUUUGGAACGUUAUUGCAAACUCGAACAAAACGAUAAACUUGUGCGUACCCAAAUCCGUGAGCAACAGUUUGGCUAAGUGUCUCAUCAAAGCGCAACGAGCGAAGAAGGUGAAAAUAGAAGUGGCCAUACACAACAGCAAAAACCUUGACAAUGUCCAGCAACUUGUUCGAAGUGAUAUCGCGGUGAAGGUUAUCAAUUCGAGUAGAUUGGAACACGAAUUCUUAUUGGUGGAUGCUACAGACGAUUUCAAAGGAGCUGCAGCUCUUAUAAAUUCUAUUAACUUCGAGAACGUUAACUACAAUGGAGACAAUACAAUUUUUAUUACUGAGAAAUCUAUGGUGAGAAAUUUGAAAAAGGAAUUUGACAGAAUUUGGCAGUCUGUACCUUGUUUGAUAAGCGAUAAAAAUGUUCUUCCUAAAAUUAGGGAUUAGCUUUCACAUUUUUUAAAUUUGUGUAACAUGUUUCGGAUUAAAAAGGCAAUAG